AUGGCUAAUAUCCACGAUCAGGCCUCUACAAACUACAAAGAAGCGUUCUCGCUCUUCGACCGUCGUGGCACCGGCCGUGUCGCCGGUGACCUCCUCGGUGACCUCCUCCGCGCCUGUGGUCAGAACCCCACGUUGGCUGAGAUCGCGGACUUGGAGAAGUCUGUCGGUGGUGACUUUGACUUCGACUCCUUCCUGAAGGUCCUCAAUCGUCCCGGUGGUUUCCGCGAGCCCGGUGAGCCGGAGGAGUACUGUCGUGGAUUCCAGGUCUUUGAUAAGGAUAUGACUGGGUUUAUUGGUGUUGGACAGCUGCGUUACAUCCUCACGAAUCUCGGCGAGAAGAUGUCCGAUGAAGAGGUCGAUGAGCUGCUCAAGGCUGUGGACACUAGCUCCGGCGAGAUUAACUACACAGAUCUUGUCCGUACCAUCCUCGCCAACUAA